ACCCCGAGUCGGAGGGGAGCUCAGCGACGCCCUCCCCGGAAGUCAGCCCCAUCCCCCCGCCUCGGGAGCGACGAGCACGUGGCCCCGUGGCCUGACUUCCUGACAUCCGGGUCUCAGGGCGGCUGGGGCCCUGGGAUAAAAGGCGGGGCCUCCAGGGGGCAGAGGGAGCAUCCGGGGUCCCGCCGGCACCCAGGUGAGGCCGCUCAGGGAGGCCCGAGAGACGCCGAGGCCUGGAGCGGAGGGAGAGGGCGCGGGGCGGCCCCGGGCCGGGAGGUGCACACGAGGCCGGGCCCGUCGUCGGCUCCCGGGGCUCAGGCAGACGGGGGCCUCGGAGAGACGAGCGGGCCCCUCACGGGCAAACGGGGCGAUCCCGGGCCCUGCCGGGCGUCUGGGCUGGAUGCCGGGCAGGGUCGCGGCCCUCAGACCCCGGCGCCGCGAGGGAGCCUUUGCCCUGGCGCGGGGAGCAGGAGGCCCGGGGGAAGGAGGAGCAGAGGAGGCGGUUCCUGACCUCUGGCUGAGGGUCUCCGGGCCAGGAGGUCCCUGGUCUGAGGGGUGGGGCUUCGGGGCGGCGGAGGUGGACGCCCAGGACCCCCGGGGAGCACGGAGCAGACCCCACCCCUGGCAGAGGGGCCCGGGCAGAGAGCUGCCCUGUGCUGGGUGCUGGGAGGCCAGGCAGGAGGGGCGCACCCAGCAGUCUCCCCGGCCUCAGACCCGGGGUGGGGGUGGGGGGUGCUGGGCAGGUGUGGCCACGUGUGGGCCCCUCACCUCUUCCGGGUCCACAUGGGGUCUCGUUCUGAGUUUCCCUCAGGCUCGCAGGGGAGAGGGCCUGGGCCUGGCAAGAAAAGGCGAGCAGAGGCCGGAGCCCUGAGGGGACCACCCACCGGGGACUGGGGGCCCUCCCAGAGUCCGGUUCAACCGUCCUACCAGCACUGGAGACCCGGGCUGUGCCACGGUCUACACCCGCGGUGCCCCUCCAUUCCUCUUACAGCGUCUCCAGGAACCGGAGGUGAAGGCCCAGGUGUGAGGCCCGCGUCCUCGUGUCACAGAGCAGGAGGCCCAGGCCGUGCCAGGCAUCCAGCUGUCCAGCCCUCGCAUCAUGCCUGUGGAUCGGCUGAGUGAUCUCCGCAACAUGGUGGUCCAGCUGUUCGGGUCUGAGGAGGCGGCGACCCCGUCGCCCUCCUCCUCCUCAGGCCCCCCGCCCUCCUCUGUGGAAGCCGAGGCAUCGCAACAAGAUGCACUGCUGGCAAUGAUGGCUGACUUGGUGGAGUUCCUGCUCCUCAAGUAUCGUGCUAAGGAGCCCAUUGCCAAGGCAGAGAUGCUGAACGUGGUCCCCAGAGGUGCCCAGGACCAGUUCCCUGACGUCCUGAGCCGCGCCUCCGAGUGCAUGCUGCUGGUCUUUGGCUUGGAUCUGAAGGAGGUGGACCCCGGCGAGCACACCUACGCCCUGUUCCCCACCCUGGGCCUCACCUGGGAUGGGGUGCCGAGCGAUGAGCUGAGCCAGCCCAAGACCGGCCUCCUGGUGGUGGUCCUGGUGGUGAUUUUCCUACAGGGGGACCGCGCCCCUGAGGAGGUGGUCUGGGAAACGCUGGGUGUCAUGGGGGUGUGUGCCGGGAAGGUGCACUGCAUCUAUGGGGAGCCCAGGGCGCUCCUCACCCAGGGUGUGCAGGAGGGGUACCUGGAGUACCGCCAGGUGCCCCACAGCGACCCCGCCCGCUACGAGUUCCUCUGGGGUCCCCGGGCCCACGCGGAGACCAGCAAGGUGAAAAUCCUGGAGCACCUGCUCAGGGUCAACGGGAGGGUUCCCAGGUCGUGCCGUUUCCUGGCUGAGGAGGUGGUGAAUGAGGAGGAAGAGGGGCCCUGAGCCCGAGGGGCGCCCAGGCUCCUUGCAGGCCAGCAGCUUGUCCAGCAGCUUCGCUCUGUGUUUGAAGAGCGAGCAGUCAGCCUGCCAAGGAGCGGGGGCCGGGCGAGGGGGGUACACGGCGUUGGGUGCCUUGGGUGCCGUUUCUUUGUGAGCCCGUGGGUGUUCAGCCCUGUUUCCUUUAGUCGUGUUUGUAAUGCUGUUCCGUUCACUAGAAAUCUUGAUAAACUUCCGGGUCUAACUUGGCGAACUGUAUCAACCACACUCGCAUUGGUACUUACCUCGUUCAAGAAGACGAAUUUGCCUUUCUGUAAAAGACGUUUGUCAAUGUGCCAUUUGAUUUAGUGACCUUGAGCCGCUGGAAUCAGAAUGGUUUGGGAAAUGUGACAGUCCUUAGCAGUAAAUGAGAUGGGCCAUGAAUUCACUCAAUAAAAUUAAAACGGUUAAGCCUUG